UCAAUUGUUGUGCAUUUUAGAGCGUAUCUCCAAAACUGCUGUAGCGGUUCGGAAGGAAUUUUGAAUUUAUGUCUUGUGUUAAUUUGUGAUUUGUGAAUAUAAAUUAAUUAUUGUGUUGAAGUCUUCACUUUCAUAUAAUUAAGUACAAUUUUAGGAAGUAAAAAAGACGACAAAAUAUAUUAAUUUCAAUAUAUUUUGUUUGCAAUAUAAUGAAGUCAGUGUUACUUUUGAUACAUGAAAGAAAAAGUUAUUGAAUUAACUAAAAAUCAAUCAUUAAUUUUACGGGGUUUAAUCGUGAUCAGCAUAGUGUUGAUUUGAAUCUCCGCCAUGUAUUCCCCAAAGCUGAGGCCUCCGAUGUCCAUUUCCAACAAAGCUGGUGAGGACAGCACAUUGUUCAGCACGAGACGCUGCUUAUUGGCAUGGGCAUUCAUCAGACUGAUCGUUUCCCUGUUAUGGACUGGUCUUCUAAUACUAGUGACUGUGGUAACAAUAAUCCACUACUACGACAAAGAUGCGGAGAAUGAGAGAGAUCGUCUGCUAUUCGAAGUUCCUGCCAUAGUAGUACAAAUGGUCGAAAUAGGGAUGCUUGUCACUUUCAUCGUAGCUGGAUUUAAGAAAAGUGCGAAGCUAUACGACGUCUACUAUCGCUACUGUAUCCUGACCCUGAUGCUGUACAUCGGAGCAGUGGCCAUCAGCUUCUUCGUGGAAUACAAACAUUCACAUUUCCUGCUAGAAAAUUACAUAACCUAUCAUUUCGUUGAUUUCGUCUACCUUUUCGGAAUACCUGAUGCAUUAGUAUUCGGAUCUUUAGCUGUUAUUGAUAUUUGUCUUGAAAUUCUGCUGCUGCGCUUGAUCAAGAAACUAAUACUGAAGUACAGUUACAAUGAGGACCCAAAAACAACGACUGUGUGAUGUAAACUAUUAUUGUGACGUGACUUUCCUUGAAUUAAUUAAUAUAAUACUUAUGUAAUUACUACCAUAAGAAUAAUUUAUAUUUUUGUAGGUAACUAUUUUUAGCUUUGUACAUAUACAAUAUAAAUAAAUCUUUAUAUAUAUAAUUCUUCUGUAAGUGUGUAUGUCACUGAACUUCUCUUAAACGACUGGACCGAUUUUGAUGAAAUUUUUUGUGUGUGUUCAAGGGGAUCUGAGAAUGGUUUAGAUUCACAAUUUUGUCCGCUGGACAAUGUUUUUUUUUAAUAAUUUUGAAUUUAUUAGUAGUUGUUGAUUUUGGAAUGUUUUACAUUGGAUCCGACAAAUUUUCAAAUUAAAGACGUGUAGACAGGACGUCUGUCGGGUCCGCUAGUACUUUAUAUUCUACAACUGUUGUAUGUCAACAAUAAAUGUGUCAAAUACA